UCUAUAUUUAAACUGACCUCCCUCCCAUAACCAUAAGCAUAAGCAUAACCGCUUAAUCACUUGCUAUCUCUCAGCAUUAUUGUGUGAAGGGCUCAUUCAGUAGAUCCGGUGGUAUAGCAAGCAUGGGAUUUCCGGUGGGAUACACAGAGCUUCUCUUACCCAAGCUCUUCCUCCAAAUACUCUCCCUCCUCUCUUUCCUCAGAAAACUCAUCUCCGCUCUCUUCCAUUACCUCGGCCUCCAACACUUCUUGGAACCCGAUACCAUCAACCACCACCCUCUCCACCCCCAAUUCCAGUCCGUCUCCGCACUCCUCAUCAGGGAAAUCCUGCCGGUGGUCAGGUUUCAGGAGGUGGCGGACCCGGCGGAGGAGAGCUGCGCGGUGUGCUUGUACGAGUUCCAAGGGGACGACGAGAUCCGACGCCUCAGAAACUGCCGGCACAUAUUCCACCGGAGAUGCCUUGACCGUUGGAUGGGGUACGAACAGAGGACGUGCCCGUUGUGCCGGACACCGCUCAUACCGUACGAUAUGCAAGCUUGCUUCAAUCAGAGCCUCUGGGAUGCUUCUGCCAUCCCUGAAUUCUCCUAGCUCUUCUUCUUCUUCUUCUUCCUAACACUAAUUACACUGAGCACUGCAAACACCUUUUCCUUCUUUUUUUUUUUGUUUUUUUUUGUUUUUGUUUUUGUGCGUCAAUCAAAAAGCUAAGGAUCUAGAUUCAGGGAAAGGAUAGCUAGGAAGAUGUUUUUGUUUACAUGCUUGUUGUGUAUGCUUGUAUAUAUACAGCAUUUCAAACAAAAAUGAAAAAGAGAAAAAAAAAAGCAUCAGACUGUGCUUAUAUAUCUAUGUUUUUUCGUCUUUUUAUUAUUAUCUCUUGACAACCGGGAUUUGGUUAUUACUUAUUAGUCUUCGAGUUUUUGAGUUCGGAUAUCAGGUUUGUAGCUUUUAUUUGUUACUUUCAAUAAGUUUUAAGAACGUACAUAAUGCAACUAAUUAUGAACGGGGGAUUGUGGGAGUGUCAGAUUUGUAGAUUGGUGCGUUUGAAUGAGGUAACUGUGUUUGCAAUAUGGGACUUACUAUGAUUUGGAUUGAUUGGUGAUUCCAAAUGGAUGAUUUAUUGAUGGCACAUUCGACAAAUUUGGAGUCACGGGAAAAUUGAAGAAAGCAAUGGCAACCUCUGUAUAUCAUUUGUAUGGAGUGGAAUAGUAGUCGUAAAGAUGGAGUAGAAUAUUUGGAAUGCUUAUGGUAUUCAUAUUGGUGCUUCACUUGGUGGGAAUAACAAAAGCAUAGAGCCUAGAGCUGACUGCAACUGCAACCGAAAAAACUUCUCCACCAUCUUGCCAGGGAA